GGUCAACAAGUUCAAGAGGCUGCUCCGGAAGAGGAUCAUCGGCAAGGACCUCAGCCAGUCGGUCGCGCUCGUCUCCAUCGCGUCCGGCGCCGACUACGCUGACGUCCCCAGCGACUUGCUCGACAUGGACCCCCUGUACAUCUCGAACGUGACGGACGGGAUCGUCGGCGGCGUGAGGAAGCUUGAGGACCUGGGCGUCGGAGCGGUGCUGGUGAACCUGCUGCCCCCGCUGGGCUGCGCGCCGCUGAACACCAGGGCGGACAACUACACCAGGUGCGAGAAGGACAAGAUCACGGGCGUCCACAACAAGAAUCUCAUGCACAAGCUGCGCGACGAUGACUCGAGAAGCUGUUCUACCAUAGGCACACGCCGUGCUGCGAGAGCAUCGACGAGAACGGAUUCUGUGGGCAGGUCGACGGCGAAGGCAACCUGCAGUACACGCUGUGCGACAGACCAUACAAGUACUUCUACUGGGAUAGCACCAACCCAACGCAGGCCGGAUGGAAGGCCAUCAUGCAGCAACUCGAAGGCCCCAUCAGAGUGUAUCUAGGCAUCUAACUCUUAGGCAGUUUGGUUGAGAUCGAGUCUUGCCUUGCAUCAUUGCAUGGAAGAGUUUGUUAGGUUAGGUUUAUUUGGAGAUUAUUGGGCGUGUUGGGGUGUCAAUUAGUGAGCCUUAGUUGCCCCUCCAACCCUUUCAAAAUUUUAUACUAAUUUUCCAAAAUAAGAUCUCAAUUUGGAAAAUUAGUAUAAAAUUUUGAACUAAAUAGGGUUGGAGGUGCACCUAGCGGUCACCAAUUUGCACCCCUAGGCGUGUUCUUGGUGUAGGCAUUGGUGCCCGGCCAUUCCAUGCAUAUCUAGCUAUACAAAUUGGGUAGGGAUAUUCAGUUUAGAUUGUGAAGGACUAAAUAGGCGACCAGAGGGGGUGAAUGAGAGCCUAAAAUCCGAUUCGAAAAACCGGAGAGAAAAAAGUCCCUAAACACCCGAUGCACCUCAAAUGGAGAGUAUCAGUACCGCAUAGCUCAGAACGGCUAUCGGCACUAAGAAUACCCCACAGCGAAUUCGAAUAACUCAUGCGGAAGCACGACAGAUAGAAA